AUGGACUUCAACGUCCCAGCCCAGCUCUCCCACAACCUCUCUGCCUUCUCCCCGAUCAUCCCAAGCAUAAACAUCGAACGAGCCGAGCAACCCAGCACCACCGAGCCAUUCCCCGACUACUUUACCUCGUGCGAACAAGCCGACUCGCGAGCCGACACAACCCAGGAGAAGGCCUACAAGUACGCCCUGUCGAAAGUGGUCGAGGCCGGGGCGCAGGCCCAGCGACUCGACGCGAUGCUCACGUCCAUGACGCUGUUCACCCCGGAAUGGACAUUCCCAGAUCCCACCACAAGCUUCAGCAACGCACCUUCUACCAACAGCACAAGCAGCGGCAACAGAAUCACCCCACCCCCCUCCCCCAUCAGCGGGCCAACAACCCCCAAACUAUCAACCUACCCAACUUGGCCCCUCCACUCAGACCUCGAGAACACCACCACAAACAAGCAAAACAUCCUCGAAGAGAUGCGCAUCCUAACCAACAGCCCGACCCUCAGCCUCCCCCUCCGCAACCGCUUCAUCACGAUGUGCAACACGAUCCUCAGCGCCCACACGCUGCUCUUCCGGCGCGUGCCCAUCCCCGGCCGCCACCACCCGCUGGACUCCCUGACGCAGCCCCAGGUGCACCGCGCCCUCCACCUCGCCCACACGCUGGUCACCGAUCUCGCCGCCCUGCACCACCUGCUGCACGGCCAGUACGAGCACUGCCGCGGCGCGCAGCAGACGAUCGCGCAUAUCGCCGGGGAUACGACCAACAAGAACCCCUUCACACGGUUCUGGGAGUUGGCGGGUAUUGUUAUCAACACCCUCCCCACCCCGCACCCAACCGAACAACGCCUCCUCCUCAUCCUCCUCGACCUCUACGACGCCUACCUCUACACGGACUACCACCGCCUCCGCCAGUGGCCGCAGAUGCUGGCCGAGGGCCACGACCCGCUGCGCCUGCGCCUGACCAACGCCUUCUUCCGGGCCUGGGAUCUGCUGACCCGCGCCCUGGAGUGCUACCAGGCCAUCGCCGCCGUUCACGCCGAUCUGAUCAGAGAUUACCUGCGGCCCGCGGGUGCGCUGCUGGGGCGCGACGUCGGCGGCCGCGUGCUCUUUGAUCUGCGGGUUCGGGCGGCCGUGGCGAGGUGGCGCGGGCGGGCUUAUCAGGAGGGAUUGUGGGGGGAUGAGCGUAACGAUGAGGGGGAUGAGGGGGAGGAUGAUUGUUGGAAUCGGGCUGGUGGGCGCUGCGUGUUGCAGGAUUUCUUUCAGUGGGAUCCGGCGGUGGUGGGGGAGGGGGAGAGGGGUUAUUAUGGAGAUGGGAUGGGGGAGGAGGAUAAGAGUUGGGGUUGGGGAGAGAGGGGGUAG